ACUACCAGUAGUCCUGUCAGAGUGAGAUAUGAGAACAGGGCGGCGAUGACGCCGGGCCACUUGGACUCCUAGACCACCUCAGACUCAACACCUCUCCCGUCCACUUCUCUCACACUCAGCCGCGUUUCAUUUCAUCGCCGUGGAAUGGAUUCCCGGCUGCUGAUUGGACCGGGGAUGCCCACACCGGACCCGACAGCCCGGACACCCUGGAACAUCAGCUCCAUCAGUCCCCACAGGCUCAUGGAGCUGUCUCCAGUCGCUACGUCUAGUCCCAUGGUUCCAAGCCACCCAUUUCCAACAGUAGACGUCCCAGACCACGCUCACUAUACAAUUGGUGUUGUCAUCCUGGCCGUGGGCAUCACAGGCAUGCUGGGAAACUUCCUGGUCAUAUAUGCUUUCUGCAGGAGCCGGAGCUUGCGCACACCCUCCAACAUUUUCAUCAUUAACCUGGCAGUCACAGACUUCUUUAUGUGUCUUACUCAGACACCCACCUUCUUCAUCAACAGCAUGCACAAGCGAUGGAUCUUUGGAAAGAAAGGUUGUGAGGUAUAUGCAUUCUGCGGAGCACUGUUUGGUAUCUGUAGCAUGAUUACACUAAUGGUGAUUGCGGUGGACCGGUACAUGGUGAUCACCAGGCCUCUGGCCUCCUUGGGGGAGAUGUCUCGCAGGAAAGCCCUGAGCAUCGUGGGUGCUGCCUGGUUCUACUCCAUGGGCUGGAGCCUACCCCCCUUCUUUGGCUGGAGUGCCUAUGUCCCAGAGGGUCUGAUGACGUCUUGUUCCUGGGACUACAUGACAUUUACCCCUUCUGUCCGCUCCUACACCAUGCUGCUCUUUACCUUUGUCUUCUUCAUCCCUCUCGCCAUCAUCAUCUUUAGCUACUGCUGCAUCUUCAGAGCCAUCCGACACACAACACGAGCGAUAACAAAGAUCAAAUGUGAGGGAACAAGAAACUCUGCCAAGAGAUUCCGUAAGAUGAAGAGUGAGUGGAAGAUGGCCAAGAUCGCACUUAUUGUCAUCCUACUAUAUGUCAUCUCCUGGGCCCCUUACUCCUGUGCAGCCCUCACUGCAUUCGCUGGGUACGCUCACAUGUUGACUCCAUAUAUGAACUCUGUUCCUGCUGUGAUCGCCAAAGCAUCUGCUAUCUACAACCCCAUUGUAUAUGCCAUAACACACCCCAAAUACAGGUCAGCACUCACCAAGUACAUUCCCUACCUCGGGGUAUUGCUGUGCGUUACUGGAAGAGACCGUUUCAGCAGCAGCAGUCUCCAGUCCACCCGCCGAUCAACCCUCACCAGCCAAUCAGAGAGCAAAUGCCCCAGCAGACCGCACAACUCCUCCCUUUCUGACAGCGAAUCAGCUCGCUUCUCAGACACGGAGGAGGAUUGCUCAUCUCAGAUUCCUGCCAGUCGUCAAUUGUCCAGUGAUGUCAAACAGGUGCGUCAUGCCAGCCAGAGGUCAAAGGUGAGAGGCCACAACACAAGAGAGUUUGAGAGAACUGCCACCCACAACGCCACUGACCCGGCCAUAUAUCUCCUCUCACAAAUUACACUGGAGAACGUGAUGGAGGAGUCGGGGCUAAGGACUACCUGUAAGACAACGUCAUCUGUCAUUGUCACCUCCAUAUCCAGCCCAUCUAUAAUGCAUAGUCCCCCAGGUUUCCAUGGCAGCCUCAAAUUGACCAAAACUUACAGUCCAGUUACCAAGGAGCCCCUUGACAUAGCCAGACUGGAGACAACAGCAUUACAAUGAACAGUAUGUGCGAGUGUGUGUGUGUGUGUGUGUGUGUGUGUGUGUGUGUGUGUGUGUGUGUGUGUGUGUGUGUGUGUGUGUGUGUGUGUGUGUGUGUGUGUG